UAAUUUUUCUCAGAUCGAUUCAACGACCUUUCACAAAAUCAAAAAACAAACAACUUGUGCCACUCAAAGAGACAUUAGGUGUUGAUGGGAGAGCUGGCUGAGAGCUUGUUGCGUCAGCAGUCCUUUGGUCGGGCUUGUUAAGACACAUUCUGAUGAUGAUAGAUCAGAUCAGAAUCAUGACAGUCUGGAGGCCCGGUGGGAAGAAAGUGAGUUUCUGCCUCUUGAUUCAUUUCUGCAGCAGAGCAGUUUACCAAGGACUGACUGACUUCAAACCAGCAGAAGACUGAACAAUGGGCCAGAGAAGGAAAGUUGGAUCUACGAACACUCCCUCAUCUCAGAAUGAAUCUGCAGACGCUUCCAAGGUCCACAGCCGGAAGCACAACAUCUGCAUGGUGUCGGACUUUUUUUAUCCAAAUAUGGGAGGAGUAGAAAGUCAUAUUUACCAGCUGUCUCAGUGUCUGAUCGAAAAGGGACACAAGGUGGUAAUCGCCACGCACGCCUAUGGCAGUAGGAAAGGUGUCCGGUACCUGACCAAUGGCCUGAAGGUCUACUACCUGCCCCUGCAGGUGAUGUACAACCAGUCCACAGCCACCACCUGCUUCCACAGCCUCCCUCUGCUGCGCUGUGUUUUUGUCAGGGAGCGCAUCACUGUGGUGCACGCACACAGCUCCUUCUCUGCAAUGGCCCAUGAUGCACUGUUCCACGCCAAGACGUUGGGCCUGAACACGGUGUUCACUGACCACUCUCUCUUCGGCUUUGCUGACGUCAGUUCCGUGUUGACCAACAAGCUCCUGACCGUGUCGCUGUGUGACACCAACCACAUCGUGUGCGUCUCGUACACCAGUAAGGAGAACACGGUUCUGCGGGCAGCACUCAACCCAGAGAUUGUGUCCGUUAUCCCCAACGCCGUCGACCCCACGGAUUUCACCCCGGACCCUUCACAGCGUCCACCCGACCGGAUAACAAUUGUUGUCAUCAGCCGGCUUGUCUACCGUAAAGGAAUUGAUCUGCUUGGUGGAAUAAUCCCAGAACUUUGCCUCAAACAUCCCGAUCUGCAUUUCUUAAUUGGCGGUGAGGGACCGAAGAGACUCGUGCUGGAGGAAGUGAGAGAAAAAUACCAACUUCAUGACAGGGUACGUCUGCUCGGUGCCCUGGAACAUAAAGACGUGCGAGGCGUCUUGGUUCAAGGUCACAUCUUCCUUAACACAUCGUUGACCGAGGCCUUCUGCAUGGCCAUCGUGGAGGGAGCCAGCUGUGGACUGCAGGUGGUGAGCACUCGAGUGGGUGGAAUUCCUGAGGUGUUACCUGAGGAUCUGAUCACACUGUGUGAGCCGACCGUUCGCUCCUUGUGUGCCGGUUUGGAAAAGGUAAUUGCCAAGCAGAGGUCUGGCUCGGUGCCCUUUCCCACCUCCAUCCAUUCUCGGGUGAAAAACCUCUACACAUGGAAAAAUGUGGCCGAGAGGACCGAAAGGGUGUAUGACAGAGUAGCUGGAGAAGAGGUGCUUCCACUGGACAGGAGGUUACGGAGACUCAGGUCUCACUGCGGCCCCGUUGCAGGCUCCCUUUUCGCCCUUUUUGCUGUGCUGGACUUCCUGUUCCUGCUGCUCCUGCGGUGGUUGGCACCCGACCGGCACAUGGACAUGGCUGUGGAUGCCACAGGCCCAAAUGGACUGUGGAAGGAGAAUAGGAAGAAUAGCGAUGCUGGUUGCUAAUGUGCCAUGAAGCGAGUAUCAGAAACAAAAAUCUCUCAUCUUCAGCUCUUGACAUCAUGUUGCAGGAGCCCAGCUGACGUUGUUGUGACAGCUACUGAAUUCUGAAUGUGCUCAGGAGAAUCCUUAACGGUGUUUACAUUUUAUUAACAAAAGGGGAGUUUGUGUUAAAGGUGUUUUUGCACUUUUUAAAGAUUUAUACACCCAUACGGUUCAGUGCAAAAAAGUCAGUUGUUUCUGUAUACUUCUUUUAAAGUUAAAAGAAGUAUAAAGAAACUUCUUUUAAACUGGUCUUGAUUUGUAGUUCUGAAUUUUUUGGGGUGGACUAUCUUCAUAGUUUAUAUAUUUACAAUUCUGCAGCUUGACAGUUUAUUUCUAAUCUUUAUUUUCUCUCCUCCACAUUGUCUGCUUUUUACGUAUUUGUUGAAACUGUCACUAUAUCAUGACACUAUGGUACGAAACAGAUGAUCUGAAAAAAUCUGUCUUCUCCCAGUGCUCCCAGUGAUAAGUACAAACAGCCAAUCAGAGCCAGAAGGCAGGCCUUAGCGCCAUCAAUCACAAACUAGUGUGGCGCUACUCAUCCUCUCUCCCCGUCCCUCUGCCACGCUGCUGCUAGCAAAACCUGUUAUGAAUGCUCAGUAAAGUCAGCAUGGUUACUGAUGAUGGUGGUUAAAUGGUUUUCCUGUAGCGGUAAGUUGUUUCUCCCCCAUUAGCACAUUUAGCAGUGAGCAUAUGAGUUGAUUGACAGCCCUAUGACCCUCCUUCUGUUUCGGAUUGGUUGUUAUUGAUCAGGUAGCUCCGGAAAGAGGUGCAGGAGAUUGAUCUUUUCACAGAUUAUCUUUCUCAUAGCCUACUGUCACGGCAUGGUGAAAUCAUAUUGUUUAUAAAAGUGACAUACUGCAGCUUUGGUAACACUUUAUUUGACGGGUUCCUGUCAUGAACAUAACUGUCAUGACAGGUGUUAUGUCAUGUUUAUGAUGGUGUCAUGACAGUCUUAUUCACAACCUGUCAAAGAAAGUGUUACCGCAGCUUUACUCAUCUUUAGCCACAUACUGCCCAAGUACCAGAACUGCAUACUUGUCUUAAAAUGAGCACAAAAAAGCAGGGAGAGUCCAGAGGAAACUGUUGAUGAACGUUCAGAUAGUCUUGAAAACUACUGACCAAGACAACUGAAAAACCUUGAGACAGAAAUCUGACUCUCUGGAAAAGAAGCAUAAAGAACUCAGAUUUUCAACUUUUGCACAGUGUCAUUAUUGCACAGAAAGAAAGGGGAAUGGAAAACAUUUAAA